AUGACCUGGUCAGAGGCUGAGUGUCAGUAUCUCCACAAUGGGGCCCAUCUCGCCUCCAUUCUCUGUGAGCCAGAAGGGAAGAUGAUGGCCGGAUACAUCAUCAACAAAGGCUCCAAGGAUGCUGUGUGGAUCGGACUCCACAACCCUGAGCAUAACAAACGCUGGAGGUGGACAGAUCGCUCCCGCUUUUGCUACAGUAAUUGGAAACUUGGGGAACCAAACAACCAGGGUGGCAAGGAGUACUGUGGUGAGCUGUUGAGACAAACAGGUUUUAAGGAAUGGAACGAUGCUCCCUGUAACAAGCAAAACGCCUACGUUUGCAAGUAUCGACGCUAG